CGUACACCUCUGUGGUCACUUUCGCUGGCUCUGGCGAGUAUGGGUGACGCUCGUCUGCAGCGUGUUCUGUCAAGACUGCGGAAUCUUCCUGCAAUCGCUUUGCCGACCGACUACCCAAGGCCCUCUGGAACGAGUAAAGUCGUCGAAGCUGUCCAGACGGUUGAGCUCUCGGAACAGGUAUCGCUAUCUCUAUUGAAACUCGCAUUGUAUGAGGAGGAUAGCGAGAAGGACGACGAUGAUGAUCUGGCCUUGAAAAAUCGACCAUCGCUUUUCCAGCUUUUACUAGCAGCAUUUACCGUACUGCUGCAUAGAUACACCGGCGAUACUGAUAUCGUUAUUGCCUCGUCCUCGGCAUCUGCGAGUGACCCCUUGCUACUCAGGUUAUCAGUAGACCCUACAGAUCCUUUCUGGGCGAUUGUAAGGCGUGUGCAGCAGGUGGAAAAAGAGGCUGAGGAUGACUCCGUCCCAUUCUCAACGAUAGCAGAGGCGCUUAAGACUGAAGACAACAGGCCUUUGUUUCGAGUCCGAUUCUUCGACGAGACAGAUUCGCCUCACGAUGAGUUUGUACGUUCGACGAGUUUAAUCUCUGAUUUGACCAUCUCCGUCAUUCGCCCAGCAAUUUCUUCGUCUCACGCAUCGCUGGCUCCGCGCAUCUCUCUAAGAAUAUUAUACAACUCGCUACUUUUUACUCCUUCUCGGAUAGAGUGCAUCAUAGAUCAGCUUUCUGUGCUCUUGCGCAAGUUGGGUUCAUCACCCAUUGCCGCCGUAGGGAGUAUUCCGCUUCUUACUCCUCCACAACGGUCGCGUCUUCCCGACCCGACAGCAGACUUGCACUGGUGCGACUUUAAAGGCGCAAUAACCGACGUGUUCUCUCGAAAUGCACGCAUGCAUCCUGAACGCCCGUGUGUCGUUCAGUACACGCCGACUCGCGACAAGAUCGUGUACACCUACGCGACGAUCCGCCGUGCAGCUAACAUCCUUGCUCACCAUCUCCUUCAGGGUGGCGUAAAACGAGAGGAAGUGGUCAUGGUAUACGCGCAUCGCAGUGUUGACCUUGUUGUAGCAGUUAUGGCCGUUCUUAAAGCCGGUGCGACAUUCUCCGUGAUUGACCCUGCGUAUCCACCUUCUCGACAAACAAUCUACCUGGAGGUGGCCAAACCAAGAGCAUUGGUUGUACUCAAGGGUGCAGGGAUCAUUAAUCCAUCUGUCCGUAAAUUCAUCUCGGAGGAAGCAAAUAUUCGUGUCGAAGUUCCUGCUUUGGAGCUCCUUCCAGAUGGUUCUAUAGCCGGAGGCGAAGCGCCGGGUUCCACGGAGGAUGUCUUGAAAGCACACAUACACCUUGCUGACACAGACCCAAAUGUCGUUAUUGGCCCCGAUAGUAUUGGAACAUUAUCUUUUACAACAGGCAGCACCGGCAUUCCAAAGGGUGUUCGCGGAAGACACUACAGCCUUACGCAUUUUUUCCCUUGGAUGGGCGAACGUUUUGAAUUGGAUGAGAAAUCUCGCUUUACAAUGCUAAGUGGGAUUGCCCACGAUCCUAUUCAACGAGACAUGUUUACGCCUUUAUUCCUCGGUGCAUCCCUUCACGUACCUACGGCUGAGGAUAUUGGAACACCAGGACGCCUCGCAGAGUGGAUGGCGGACAGUCAAGUGACUGUAACGCAUCUCACACCUGCUAUGGGUCAGCUUCUUUCUGCACAGGCGACACGUCAAAUACCUUCUCUUCGUGCAGCAUUUUUUGUUGGUGAUGUACUCACGAAGCGCGACUGUCACCGCCUGCAGGGUCUCGCACCGCACGUGCGUAUCAUCAAUAUGUACGGUACAACGGAGACGCAACGAGCUGUGUCGUAUUUCCUCAUCCCAAGCGUCUCAGAAGACCCAACCUUCCUCGCAACACAGAAAGACAUUAUGCCCGCUGGAGAAGGCAUGGUCGACGUUCAAUUACUCGUUGUUAAUCGCAAUGACCGUAGCAUCCCGUGCGCGAUAGGUGAAGUUGGUGAGAUCUACGUCCGUUCAGGUGGUCUGGCGGAGGGUUAUUCCGAUCCGGAGGCGACGGCACAAAAGUUUGUUACGAACUGGUUCGCUUCUGGAACUUGGCCGGACACGAUUUUACAUCCACCCAAAGGCCUUGCAGGACCGGAAUCACGCUACUGGAAGGGUGUACGCGACCGUAUGUAUCGAUCUGGUGACUUGGGCCGGUAUCUACCUGACGGCAUUGUCGAAUGCACUGGUAGAGCAGAUGAUCAAGUCAAAAUUCGCGGUUUCCGCAUUGAAUUGGGCGAAAUUGAUACUCAUUUAAGUCAGCAUCCUCUCAUACGCGAAAACGUCACGCUUGUCAGGCGCGACAAGAAUGAGGAGAAGACGCUCGUUAGCUACUUCGUACCGCUGGAAGGUACUGCACUUGAUGAAUACGCCAGCGAUGUGCCAGAUGCGGAGGGAGACCGUGCUUUGUUCUCUGGUAUAAGGCGUUAUCGUCGACUCAUAAAAGACAUUAGGGAACACCUGAAGAGGAAGCUCCCGAGUUAUAGCGUGCCUACAGUCUUUGUACCCUUGAAGCGCAUGCCUCUGAACCCGAACGGCAAAAUUGAUAAACCGGCGCUUCCCUUCCCGGAUACUGCUGAAGCUGCCACGUCUGACAUACGCCCCAAUGUUGAACAAGCCGGCGCGUUGACUGCGACAGAAAGGCAUAUCCAGACUAUCUGGGGCACCAUUCUCACUACAAUGCAGCAGCCAAUUGCACUGGAUGAAAGCUUCUUUGACCUCGGUGGACACUCCAUACUCGCAACGAGGCUCAUCUUUGAGCUUAGAAAGGCUUUCGUCGUCGACGCUCCUCUAAGUCUUGUUUUUGACCAUCCGACAAUCAGAGAGCAAGCUUCCGAGCUCGAUGCUUUGCGCAACUCCGAUUUAGGUUUGGCUUACCAGGACAAGGGAAGCACGACAGCUCUUACGAGGCAGGAUGGGAACCUGCUGAAUGUUCCUGGUAUUCCCAAGAAACGCGCGCAGGUAGUUGAAUACGCGAAGGACCUCGAGACCCUGAUUCCACGCCUCAGGGGGAAGUAUGACGCGCUAUCCCCAUCGUCGUCAAUGUUGACGGUUUUCUUAACUGGCGCAACCGGCUUUCUCGGAGCAUUCAUUCUGCGCGACUUACUGUCACAUCAGUGUGUGCAGAAGGUAAUCUGUCAUGUUCGCGCAACAUCACGAGAGAAAGGAUUGGAGCGGCUCAAAGAGGGCGCGGGUGAUCGCGGUGUAUGGGAUGAGAGAUGGUUAGAGACAAAGCGUUUGGAAGUCGUUAACGGCGACCUUGCAAGUGAGAGGUUUGGUUUGGACGAUGCAACAUGGGAACGCAUUUCGAACGAAGUGGACGUCGUCGUGCAUAACGGCGCUUUGGUUCACUGGGUCUACCCAUAUGAGAAGCUUCGCUCCGCAAAUGUGCUCUCCACCUUAACAGCUAUCGACCUCGCUUCCACAGGACAAAAGUCGAAGGCCCUUGUGUUUGUGUCAUCCACGGCAGUGCUUGAAUGCUCGCAUUACGUCCAACUUUCUGACCAAUCGUCGCGUACUGGUGGUGGCGGGGGUGUGCCAGAGAGCGACAACCUCGAUGGGUCACAAACAGGUUUGAAGAGCGGGUAUGGACAGACAAAGUGGGUGUCUGAGAAGCUCUUGAAUGAAGCAGGAAGGAGGGGUCUCAGAGGGUCUAUUGUGCGUCCCGGAUAUGUUGUCGGAGAUUCACAGUCUGCUGUUACCAAUACGGACGAUUUUAUUUGGAGACUGGUUAAAGGCUGCAUCCAGCUUGGGCUCGUGCCAGAUAUAAACAACGCCAUCAACAUGGUCCCAGUAGACCAUGUUGCGUACAUCAUAUCCGCAGCUGCUGUGUCCCCUUCUACGGUCGAAAAGCACGGCAUUCCGGUUUUACAUGUCACUGCCCGCCCUCCGCCAACGUACAAUACGCUUUUCUCAUCUCUUCGCCGGUAUGGCUAUGCCGUCUCUCAAUGCGAAUACCUGGUCUGGAGGCGACGACUUGAGCAACACGUCCUUGCAUCACAGGACAACGCUUUAUUCCCGCUUCUGCAUUUCGUACUUGACGACCUACCAACGAGCACGAAGGCACCGGAGCUAAGCGAUGAAAAUACACGUGCAUUAUUGAAGAGUAGAGGAGCAAAAGAGAAUGUUACAGUGGAUGGUGGAUUAAUGGGCAUGUACCUUGCCUGGUUGGUAGAGUCGGGAUUCUUGCCCGUGCCAUCCGCGGACGAUUCAGAUGAGAAGCUGCCGAGCAUACGCCUGCAGGAAGGCACACGUGUGCGUGCAGUUGGGAGGAGUGGUGCAUAAAAAUUUAUUCAAAUAUAGGAAAAGAAUAAGGUGCCAUGUACAAGUGGUAAUUUAAAAUGUAUCUUGUAGAACUUGGUUACUUCUGCCACUUCGUUGGUCAAAACAACUUGGCCGCUUAUAGAAAUACAAAGAAACA